GAGAACUGUUCACUUCAUUGCAGCUGCAUUACCUUGCAUGACACUCUUCAGCAUCUUUAACAGUGGAUUUUUUUGUUUGGAAGUAUGAUAUCAAGAUUGGUCUUUCUCCUUUUCUGUGGACAUUUUGCACAAAUCCUUGGAAAUGCUGGGAAAUUGCCAAAAGUUAAAAAACAAAGCCUGAAAGUUCAGAUCAAUGUAACCAGUGAUGCAGUGUGCAUGAGAUACAUUCGUCCAACUCCAAGCACUAAACUGGAAGGUUUCGUCCUGGGGUAUGGAAGCAGCUUCUUCUCUAACCAGUAUAUUCCCCUACCAUCUAAUGGGAAAAUGUACAUAACUGAAGUUGAUGCAGAACCAAGAUACUUGAUUGCAGUGAAACCAGUUUCAAAUAACAAGAAAUCCUGCUCAGGUAAAACAAAGACACACAAACCCCUUCAGCUGGUAAUAGGUACUUUAACUCCAACAUCUGUCUUCCUAUCCUGGGGAGUAUUAGUCAAUCCAAAGCAUGAUUGGACCACAAUGAAUAACUGUCCAAACAAGAGAUUUUAUACAGUGCGCUACAGAGAAAAGGACAAAAAUAAGAAAUGGAUCCUGCAGCUUUGUCCAACUACAGAAACAGUGGUGGACAAUUUGAAACCCAACGCUAUUUAUGAAUUUGGAGUGAAAGACAAUACAGAUGAUGGGAUCUGGAGUAAGAGUUUCUUUCACAAAAUGGUUAUACUUGAUAACAACAAAGAAAAUGGAGAACUUCAGAACAACUACAAUCCUAAAAUCCAAACACAGUUUAUCCCAGAUUCAAAAACUUUUAUUCCAGUUAAAGUAAUCAAACAAGGUUUUCAAAAUAUUACACAUCGGACACAGUCUCCUGUAUCAGCACCAAUAUUAGUGCACCUUAUUAUUGCAAAACAGAAACCUCCAUCUUCCUCAAGUUUGGAUAUAUUUGAAAAACCAAAACUAAGUGUAGUUAAGAACAAAACUCAAAAAUGGGUCCCAGAAUCAAAGACAACAGAAGUAAAAGAAAUCACCCCACAAUCCCAGACUGCUAUGGCUGAACAAGAUUUGGAAAGGAGUAAACCUACAGCUCCUGGCAUCUCAAAAGAUUCUGCAGUCAAUCAAGAUCUGCACAAGUUUCUAGGACUUCCAAAAGCAAGACCAUCUCCUAUGCCUCAAAUGCCAACAGAACCAUCAGUUUCAAAGAAAAUUGAGCCAGUUCCUUUAGAACCCAAAACGGCUGUUCCAAAGUCUAUACAGACAAAAGCAGCAGUAACAAAUGAACCCACUUUGGAAUCUUUCCCAUCCAAAACAUCUAAAACUCUUGACUGGCCAAGGGCAACUCUGGCACCAUCUGAAAUCCCAUUUAUUACAUUGAAAUGGAAAGUUUCGGCCACCCCAGAAAGAUGGCAUGACAAACCUGCCUCUACUCUACCAUCUGUGAAGCAAAAUAUACCUAAAACAUCUAGGAUUACUGAAAAAUUAAAAGCAUCUCCAGCAGAAAAAGAAUCACAACAGAAAACCACUGCAUCUAGCAUUUUUAAAAUCCUAGAAUUGCCAAGAACAACAAUGGUUCCCAGGGGGCAAAAAUUCCCUGUUUCCAAGCCCCAAUUCCUUCCCCAUCUGGAAGAGCCAAAGAUUACACUGGCAGUUACCAACAAAUUGGUUCCACUUCCUGCUACAACAAAGAUAUCUGUCACUGAUGGACAUCCAGUGGCAACAAUGGCUUCAAAAGAAAUAAACCCUGUUCCAUCAAAGUCUAAAGAAUUCGACUAUACCAAGCCAGAAGAACCAGACAGGAAAUUUGUUUCAACUGACGAUGAUAAUUAUCUUCCUAAACUUUUGACUACGCCAGAAUUUCCAAUUACCAAACCUGUUUCAGCUGAAGAUGAUAAUUAUCUUCCUAAAGUUUUGACUACAUCAGAACCCCCAAUCACCAAACCUGCUUCUUAUAAACCAAGGCCGGGUCCAACACAGCUUAAAGAACCAGACUACAUCGUACCAGAAGUACCAGACAUGAAACAUGAUUCUUAUAAACCAAGCCCGGUUCCACCAGAGUAUAAAGAACCCGACAACAUCCUGCCCGCAGUGCCAGACAAGAAACAUGUUUCAACUGUGGAUGAUAAAUCUCUUCCUAAAGUCUUGACCACGCCAGAACUUCCAAUUACCAAACCUGUUUCUCAUGAACCAAGCCCUGUUCCAUCCAAAUUUAAAGAACCUGGCUACAUCACUGCAGAAGUACCAGACAGGAAACAUGUUUCAACUGAGGACGAUAAUUAUCUUCCUAAAGUCUUGACCACGCCAGAUCUUCCGAUUACCAAAUCUGAUUCUUAUAAACCAAGCCCGGUUCCACCAGAGUAUAAAGAACCCGACAACAUCCUGCCCGCAGUGCCAGACAAGAAACAUGUUUCAACUGUGGAUGAUAAAUCUCUUCCUAAAGUCUUGACCACGCCAGAACUUCCAAUUACCAAACCUGUUUCUCAUGAACCAAGCCCUGUUCCAUCCAAAUUUAAAGAACCUGGCUACAUCACUGCAGAAGUACCAGACAGGAAACAUGUUUCAACUGAGGACGAUAAUUAUCUUCCUAAAGUCUUGACCACGCCAGAUCUUCCGAUUACCAAAUCUGAUUCUUAUAAACCAAGCCCGGUUCCGCCAGAGUAUAAAGAACCCGACAACAUCCUGCCCGCAGUGCCAGACAAGAAACAUGUUUCAACUGUGGAUGAUAAAUCUCUUCCUAAAGUCUUGACCACGCCAGAACUUCCAAUUACCAAACCUGUUUCUCAUGAACCAAGCCCUGUUCCAUCCAAAUUUAAAGAACCUGGCUACAUCACUGCAGAAGUACCAGACAGGAAACAUGUUUCAACUGAGGACGAUAAUUAUCUUCCUAAAGUCUUGACCACGCCAGAUCUUCCGAUUACCAAAUCUGAUUCUUAUAAACCAAGCCCGGUUCCACCAGAGUAUAAAGAACCCGACAACAUCCUGCCCGCAGUGCCAGACAAGAAACAUGUUUCAACUGUGGAUGAUAAAUCUCUUCCUAAAGUCUUGACCACGCCAGAACUUCCAAUUACCAAACCUGUUUCUCAUGAACCAAGCCCUGUUCCAUCCAAAUUUAAAGAACCUGGCUACAUCACUGCAGAAGUACCAGACAGGAAACAUGUUUUAACUGAGGACGAUAAUUAUCUUCCUAAAGUCUUGACCACGCCAGAUCUUCCGAUUACCAAAUCUGAUUCUUAUAAACCAAGCCCGGUUCCACCAGAGUAUAAAGAACCCGACAACAUCCUGCCCGCAGUGCCAGACAAGAAACAUGUUUCAACUGUGGAUGAUAAAUCUCUUCCUAAAGUCUUGACCACGCCAGAACUUCCAAUUACCAAACCUGUUUCUCAUGAACCAAGCCCUGUUCCAUCCAAAUUUAAAGAACCUGGCUACAUCACUGCAGAAGUACCAGACAGGAAACAUGUUUCAACUGAGGACGAUAAUUAUCUUCCUAAAGUCUUGACCACGCCAGAUCUUCCGAUUACCAAAUCUGAUUCUUAUAAACCAAGCCCGGUUCCGCCAGAGUAUAAAGAACCCGACAACAUCAUGCCCGCAGUGCCAGACAAGAAACAUGUUUCAACUGUGGAUGAUAAAUCUCUUCCUAAAGUCUUGACCACGCCAGAACUUCCAAUUACCAAACCUGUUUCUCAUGAACCAAGCCCUGUUCCAUCCAAAUUUAAAGAACCUGGCUACAUCACUGCAGAAGUACCAGACAGGAAACAUGUUUCAACUGAGGACGAUAACUAUCUUCCUAAAGUCUUGACCACGCCAGAUCUUCCGAUUACCAAAUCUGAUUCUUAUAAACCAAGCCCGGUUCCGCCAGAGUAUAAAGAACCCGACAACAUCCUGCCCGCAGUGCCAGACAAGAAACAUGUUUCAACUGUGGAUGAUAAAUCUCUUCCUAAAGUCUUGACCACGCCAGAACUUCCAAUUACCAAACCUGUGUCUCAUGAACCAAGCCCUGUUCCAUCCAAAUUUAAAGAACCUGGCUACAUCACUGCAGAAGUACCAGACAGGAAACAUGUUUCAACUGAGGACGAUAAUUAUCUUCCUAAAGUCUUGACCACGCCAGAUCUUCCGAUUACCAAAUCUGAUUCUUAUAAACCAAGCCCGGUUCCACCAGAGUAUAAAGAACCCGACAACAUCCUGCCCGCAGUGCCAGACAAGAAACAUGUUUCAACUGUGGAUGAUAAAUCUCUUCCUAAAGUCUUGACCACGCCAGAACUUCCAAUUACCAAACCUGUUUCUCAUGAACCAAGCCCUGUUCCAUCCAAAUUUAAAGAACCUGGCUACAUCACUGCAGAAGUACCAGACAGGAAACAUGUUUCAACUGAGGACGAUAAUUAUCUUCCUAAAGUCUUGACCACGCCAGAUCUUCCGAUUACCAAAUCUGAUUCUUAUAAACCAAGCCCGGUUCCACCAGAGUAUAAAGAACCCGAUAACAUCCUGCCCGCAGUGCCAGACAAGAAACAUGUUUCAACUGUGGAUGAUAAAUCUCUUCCUAAAGUCUUGACCACGCCAGAACUUCCAAUUACCAAACCUGUUUCUCAUGAACCAAGCCCUGUUCCAUCCAAAUUUAAAGAACCUGGCUACAUCACUGCAGAAGUACCAGACAGGAAACAUGUUUCAACUGAGGACGAUAAUUAUCUUCCUAAAGUCUUGACCACGCCAGAUCUUCCGAUUACCAAAUCUGAUUCUUAUAAACCAAGCCCGGUUCCCCCAGAGUAUAAAGAACCCGACAACAUCCUGCCCGCAGUGCCAGACAAGAAACAUGUUUCAACUGUGGAUGAUAAAUCUCUUCCUAAAGUCUUGACCACGCCAGAACUUCCAAUUACCAAACCUGUUUCUCAUGAACCAAGCCCUGUUCUAUCCAAAUUUAAAGAACCUGGCUACCUCACUGCAGAAGUACCAGACAGGAAACAUGUUUCAACUGAGGACGAUAACUAUCUUCCUAAAGUCUUGACCACGCCAGAUCUUCCGAUUACCAAAUCUGAUUCUUAUAAACCAAGCCCGGUUCCGCCAGAGUAUAAAGAACCCGACAACAUCCUGCCCGCAGUGCCAGACAAGAAACAUGUUUCAACUGUGGAUGAUAAAUCUCUUCCUAAAGUCUUGACCACGCCAGAACUUCCAAUUACCAAACCUGUUUCUCAUGAACCAAGCCCUGUUCCAUCCAAAUUUAAAGAACCUGGCUACAUCACUGCAGAAGUACCAGACAGGAAACAUGUUUCAACUGAGGACGAUAAUUAUCUUCCUAAAGUCUUGACCACGCCAGAUCUUCCGAUUACCAAAUCUGUUUCAACUGUGGAUGAUAAAUCUCUUCCUAAAGUCUUGACCACGCCAGAACUUCCAAUUACCAAACCUGUUUCUCAUGAACCAAGCCCUGUUCCAUCCAAAUUUAAAGAACCUGGCUACCUCACUGCAGAAGUACCAGACAGGAAACAUGUUUCAACUGAGGAUGAUAGUUAUCUUCCUAAAGUCUUGACCACGCCAGAUCUUCCGAUUACCAAUCUGGUAAUUAUGUGUUCUCCUAUGGUUGAUAACAAAUGUAUACAGUUGGGUUUUUUUAGAAAUAAUGGAUUUCUCUUCAUUACACAGAUGGAUACCUCUUCUAAACCAAGAAUGGUUACUCCAAAGUUUAAAGAACCUGACUCCAUCAUCAUGCCAGAAUUACCAGACAGGAAACAUGUUUCAACUGAGGAUGAUAAUUAUCUUCCUAAAGACUUUAACAUGCCAGAACUCCCAAUUUCCAAAUCUGUUUCUCGUGAACCAACUCCCAUUACAUCAAAAUUCAAAAAACCCGACUAUGUCCUGCCAGAAGUACCAGAAAGGAAACAUGUUUCAACUGAGGAUGAUAAUUAUCUUUCUAAAAUAUUGACCACGCCAGAACUUCCAAUUACCAAAUCUGUUUCUUAUAAACCAAGUCCUGUUCCAUCAAAAUCUAAAGAACCUGGCUACAUCAUGCCAGAAGAACCAGACAGGAAACAUGAUUCAACUGAGGAUGAUAAUUAUCUUCCUAAAGUCUUGACCACGGCAGAGCUGCUAAUUACUAAACCUGUUUCUUAUGAACCAAGCCCCAUUCCAUCAAAAUUUAAAGAACCUGGCUACAUUAUUGCAGAAGUACCAGACAGGAAACAUGUUUCAACUGAGGAUGAUAAUUAUCUUCCUAAAGUCUUGACCACUCCAGAACUCCCAAUUACCAAACCUGCUUCCUAUGAGUCAAGCCCUGAUCCAUCAAAAUUUAAAGAACCUGACUACAUCUUUUCAGAAGUACCAGAGAGGAAACAUGUUUUGGAACCUAUUACGUUUAGCAAUGAACUUCCAAUAGUAGAUGCAAAGACCAAGCAUCAUGUUUCCAUCACUAAAACAACAAUCGAGCCACUGCUACUACCAAAAUCUGAGAAAAAUUAUGCCAGGCAUAAACCUCAGACCAGCACUGAAGUACCACCACCUCAGCAUGAGGUAGAAGAGGUUAUUUUUAAAACCGAACAAGCAAAAUCAUCAACAGCUCCUAAGGAAACACAUCAAGUUCCAACCAGACCAAAAACUUCUUCCAGUCCUGAUAUAACCCCAACCAAAUCCAGUCUAAAUGUCAAACAUCAUGAUCCAUCCACACCUAAAAGUGGUCCUGGUCAAAAAAACACAACAAUCAAAACCAGAUUGAUUAGAAAAAUUAUUCCAUUCUCUCAAGAUCGUAUUACAACUAUGGUACCUGUUGCCCCUGAAAAGACAAAGGAAACACUUGAUCCAAAAGAAACACGACUUCUUCCUUCAAAACCCAAACCAUCUGACAAACAAGGAAGAAACAAGACUAAACCUGCUUCAUCUAAACUGAACGACAAAGUGACAGUCACCAAAACUCCACGUUUGAGAAAAGUUGUCCACAGAACAACACCAGCCCCUCCUAGAACUAGAACACCGGGAAGACCGUCCUGGAGUAAAAAACCAAGAGAUGGGAAAUUCACAAACGAAGAUAUUGCAAAGCCACUCCAUCCAAGCUCUAGUACUAAAUCCAGUAUAUCAGUGGAUCCCACAGUUGUAAGAAAAAAAACAGAUCCAGCUACGCUACCUGGUUCUCCACGACCUCCUUUAGCUCCUGCCAGACCUACACCAAUACGAAGAAGACCUUUACCACCCAACAAUGUGACUGGUAAACCUGGCCAUUCAAGAAAUGUCUUGAUACCACGAGCACCUUCAUUUCUCACAACUUCUAUAGCAAAACCCACUUGGCCAAGUUCCCUUCUGAAAACAAAUUCACCUAAAAAGCUACCUACAGCAGCAGCUUCUCCAGAUUACAAUAAUCCAAUGUUCAGUUCUAUCCCUACAUCCGAGACUGAUAUUGCAGGCACACCAAGGUAUACAGGUGACCAUGUGAAAUACCUGAAAAAAAAAGAUGAUGUACCUUGUUCCAUCACAGAUACUAUGCAACACUUUCCAUCUGAUACGGGGGACAACAAAGACAUGGCUACUAGUCCCCCCCAAAAACCUCCCACGAACCUCACUGUGGUGACUGUUGAGGGAUGUUCAUCUUUUGUGGUACUGGGUUGGAAUCCACCAGAAAAUGAAACUGUAACAGAAUACAAAGUUGUAUCAACAGAAAAUGGAGGCACAGUUGGAAAAGAUAAGUCCAUUAUAACCACAAAUCAAACCCAUUCUACAGUGGAAAACCUGAAACCUAAUACAAGCUAUGAAUUUGUUGUGAUACCUAGCAACCCUCUUGGGGAAGGUCCAAGUAGUGAAUCAAAACCAUUUAGAACUGAAUCGGCUGACCCAAGAAUAACAGAAUCUAUUUCAAUGGGGAAAGAUGCAAUUUGGACUGAAGUCAGAUUUAAUUCUGAUGACUAUUCUGAAUGUAAGGGAAAACAGUAUGUCAAGAGGACUUGGUACAAGAAGUUUGUGGGUGUUCAGUUGUGUAACUCCCUUCGAUAUAAAAUUUACCUCAGUGACUCACUUAAAGGCACAUUUUAUAAUAUAGGAGAUCAGAGAGGACAUGGAGAAGAUCAUUGUCAAUUUGUGGAUUCAUAUUUAGAUGGAAAGACAGGGCAAAUGCUUCCAUCAGAUCAACUGCCUUCCAAAGAUGGUUAUUUUAGAGCUGUUCGUCAGGAACCUGUCCACUUUGGAAAAAUAGGAUCUGGAACACACAAUACUUAUGUUCAUUGGUAUGAGUGUGGAACUACAAUACCUGGAAAAUGGUAGAACAAGAAACAAACUGAUCUUCCAUGCUCAGAGAAAAGUUUGUUGUGAUAUCACAAACUGAAAUCUAGUGAGAAUACUCAUAAACUUUCAAUAGCAUUGGCUGCUUAAUUAUAAAUGUUCAGAUUUGCAGUUAUGUUGCAGAAAGAAAUAUCAUAAAUUGAUGUCUUGGGAAGCUGGCUCCCUAAUAGUCUCUUAUAUUAUCUACUUAUUGUAAAAGGUGUAGUUUAUUUUUUACUAUUGUUGUGAUAUUUUGAGGCACCUUUACUGAAAAGCGGAUAAGAAAAAAUAACUUCUGAAAUUGUAUUAAUGUAUAUUGCUAAUGGUCACAUUCUACUUCUUUUCAAACAUACUUAAAUUAUUCUCUAAGUUAAUUCCUGGACAUUUUUGCCACUUUAUUAAAAAUCCAGUCCAACUGAAAAGUUGCAGAUUUUAUUCGAACUUUAGAUAAAACUGACACUCUGAUUUCAGAUUUCUUCAAUUAAAAUAUCAUUCAGGAAAAAAGAAUCAUGUUAAUUGAACCCAUACCAAUAACCUUCUACUAUCCUAAAUAUCGUUAACAUUGUGCAAGAGCCCCUCAACACAAGGGAUAUUUCAAUUCAAUGGUACAAACUUUUAUUCUGCACUCCCAGUAUACACUGGAUUGUAGCAACAAACAUUUAUAAAAUGGCAUUAAAAUUGGUUGUAUGUCAGGAGGUUACUGGUUUUGAUAUCAUUUACUGGUAUAUAUAUAAAUAAUAUUGAAAUGGCUGUUCAAUUUUUGUCUCCCACCAGAAAUUGAAUUAGUUCAUUGUAAAUACACAUACAUACACACACAAUCAAUUUACAGGGAGAAAAUAUAUUAUUGAUGAAAUAAAGAUGCAAAAGCCUUAAUUUUUUUUCUGCUGUUGUUAAUGGAAGAAUCUUUCUCAAAAAUACUGUGUACUCUGGUAUAGAUAUCUGAAAGCAAAGUUCACAUGCCAUUUAAAAAGAUUAUGUAAGUAUUUCAAACAGAUUUUCCCUCUUUAAAUGCACAGCAGACUCAAUCAUUUUACUCCUUGAAGCUUUUUUUGUGGGAAAUGUGUAUAUUCAGAUUGGCAGUGUGUAAAUCAUAUCAAGAAUGUAAUCAGGCAGUUUUAUUUCAGUUAAACAUGGAGAAAUGUGGCCUAGUGUAUUGUAUAGAAGACUGUCAAAGCAUAUGCAAAGUACAUGUAUUUAAAAAAUGUUUUGUUUGAUAUAAAACUGAAGAGUAAUGUGAUCUGCUUUAUAAAAUGGAAAAUGAAGACUGUUUUUGAAAAUAAUUCAGUGGUUCCCUGCAUAAAAUGCUAUGUUUGUAUUACUUAAACAUUUAAACACUAUAAAGAGAUGUAAGUUUUAAUGUAUACAAAUCUAAGAAACAUAAGGAAUAUUGGUUUGGUUGUUUACAGAAAAUAUAAGUACACUGCAGGUACAUUGUACUCUUAAUAAAAUAUUUUUAAUCAUU